CUGCGUCACUUUGUCGACAAGUGAGUUAUCUAAACCGAAACGUUAGCAGUAAUAUUUCGAUGAAUUAAAAUUCGAAAGCUGCAAAGUCAUUACAGAUGCCUAAUACCUUGUGGGAACAUAAAUAUUCAGCACUUUUCUUCUGAAUGUAUGAAGGCGAACAAUUACUAAGCACAAAUCAUUGUUAUUAUUACCGAUAGUAACGUACCAAUGUUGGUAGGACGGAGUCAUCAAGCAAGCUCUGUAAUAUUAUUAUGGCAUCAGUCAGAAUUUUAGCAUGUAUUCAACGAAGAGGAAAGGAUCAAGCUCCAAGAUUAGCUUCAUUUACUGAGUGCGUUGUUGACUAUUUUGAGGAAGCUGAUGGAAAGGCUCAAGUCAGUGUACAGCUAGUGGAUGACAAACUUCUAAUCACUGACAGUCCUUCAGAAAGUUGUCAGUUGUUCAUCAAGCAUCCGCCAUUUUGCCCUGUUAAAAGUCUUAGUCCUGAACAAGCUGCCGACCUUCCACUGUCAACACAUCAAAGAGGAAUUAACACAGGAGCAGCAGUCAUUCUGGAGUCAGCAGAUGGGAAAAUUUUAUUGACAAAAAGAGCCCCACAUCUUCACACAUUUCCAGGGAUUUGGGUUCCUCCAGGUGGUCAUAUAGAACAAAAUGAAACACUUUCACAGACAGGACUCCGGGAGCUUUUUGAAGAGACAGGACUCAGACUUACAGAGGAAGAUUGUGUUGGAGAACAGCUACUGCCUUUGGCUUUGUGGGAGUCAGUUUACCCACCAAAGUUAUCUCUUGGAGCUCCUGCUAGGCAUCAUGUUGUUGUCUACUUGUAUGCAAAACUGAAGAGCCCAUUGACCAGUGAAAGGCUACUCAAAGAAGUAAUCAUUGAUCCUAAUGAGGUGGCAGCUUGUGUAUGGUUGGACAGAGAAAUUGUCUCUGCUAUUGUCAAUCAAAGUGAAGAGAGUGGAUGUACUAAGGAUCUGGACUCCACCAUGAUGCCAGAUACUUUGAGAGCCCUUGUUCUAGAUGAUACAACAGAAGCAGGUGGAAGCCAUCAUUCCUUUGGAGCCAUUCUUGCGAUGUUCUGGGGACACUGAUGAUUAUGAAAGAGUAAGCACGGGAACCAAAUAUGCCCUGGAGCAAUUCCUUUUGAAGACAUCAAUAUGAAGGCUGCUUUUAUCAUUGCUUUCAAAUAAAAUAAAACACUUCUAGCACCUUGCAGCUUCUGAAAAA